AUGUCAAUCAAACAAGAGUCCCCCCCGCCCGCGUCUCAGUCACAUUUCGCCAAAUUCGAAGACUUCACGCCCAACGCCGACGCGCCGUUUGAGCAUGAAUUCGCCCGCCUCGCAUCCUCCCAGUCCUGGGUACCCGGCUCCCAGCAAUACACCCGGGAGCGCACCAUUGCCUUGAGACAGGAGCUGAUAACCCACUACUUUUGCAAACCCGAGGAGCCCGAGCUCACCGAUGACGCGAAACUCGAGGGAUACCAAGCGCUGUGUCGUGAGGUCGGCCUUCCCGUGAGCGACUCCGAAGCCGAGUGUAAAAAGCGCCUAAAGAACACGCUUGUCAAGAUCGUGGACCUGAUCGACGCGCGACGGACUCUACGCGGGGUCAAGGUCUGGAAUGAUUUCAGGGCGUUCCGCAAAUACACGCUGCAGCCCAAACAUAGAAUCGACAAGGGAGAGGCCAAGAAGGACGGGGGUUACCUAGCGUCUUUAUUGCGGAACCUAGGGCCCCAACGACGGCAAGCGAAGAAACGCGGGAGAAGGGAUGGUUUGGAUUCCCGUGUGCUCUGCGAGCCGGUAAUCAAGACGGAGCCAGUUUGA